UUAGCUCGCAGUUUAGCACAAGGAGCUUAUGCUGCUGAUGUAGAGGUUAAUGUAUUCACAUGACAGACAACAUGUCCACCAUCUAAGUUUGCGAGCUUCUUCUCUCAUGCGAUCUAUAAUCAGGACUACUCAUGAUUAGUGAAGCUAUUAUUUGAUCAAUGAAUUGCGAAGUCUGAAAUGUUCUAUAAGUUAUCUUGAAAGACAAGGCUUGAUGGCCAAGCCAAGAGAGUGUAAAGCGGUCUAUUUAUCCUUGAAUUAAGCUUGAGGAAAAACGAUUGCGAAGAUAACACAGAUCCAUCUAUUAUAAGUGGUAUCCAAAUACAUGUUUCCAGAGGAUGAUAAGAUGGAAACAUUUAAUGGUAGCUGCCGGCUAACACAGUGCAAACCCAAGUGCCAACAUGAUUUUUGCGCAAUAGGGGAGCAAGGCAAAUAUGCUAUCAAGGCAACUAAAAUUGUUGCAUCCAGUUUUUGAAGAGGUUAUCAAUUCUCUGUUUUGACCAAAAUUGAUGACUAACGGCUUGGAGUUGUCAGCUUUGAUAAGGUUAUAGGAAAUUUCUACUGUGAGACAUGGCGUGCUCCAAAAGAUGGAGUGUGACCUACACCAAACACAUGAAGCAGAAGAGAAAAAUUUAUCAGGAUGGGGUACUUGAACUCAAUGCUUCAGGUGACAAGGUUAUGCUGUAUGAUGAGAGUGAGAAACUCAUUGACGGCAAAUUUUUAAGAAAAGAUGAUGUGGUUGAGUGUGGUGGAUCUCUGACCUUGGAAGCUUAUCUUGUUGACAUUGGGGAUCCUAUUGGAGACCAAAAGGAAUUUGCAGAUAUGGAUACAAGACAUAGAGAUAAGCAGCACGGAAGUUCUCAAACACUGGGAGAGAAGGAAAACAACAAAAGCUUGUUGCAACGAAAAACACCAGAAUCAAAGGGACGAUGCAAAACUGUCGAGAGCAAAGCAACAAAAUGUAAAAGUAGACCACCGCAGAAUUAUUCAAAGACCAAUUCAAGCUGCAUCAAUGAGUGGAAUGUCCUAUACACCACCCAAUUAACUCAAAAGGCAAAGAAGUAUCAUGAUGGGAUCUUGCGACUUGUACAAAGUGGUUCACUUACCAAACAGCUCUUGCAUUUGCAGAUCCUUUUGUUAAAAGAAGAUGGUACAAUACUUAGCAACAAGUACCUUAACUCCAUAGACUCUGUGGAAAGUGGGAGUAAAUACGAAUUACCCAAUUAUCUCGUUGAAAUUUGUGAGCCACGAAUUCUUCAGGAAGAUAUCAAGAAUGGUCCCUCACAAGUUGCUAGCCCUUGCAUCUCAAGGAACACGAAGAUCAAAAAGAAAGGGCGUUUAGAACAAGGCGCAACUUUAGGCAGCCCAGAGAUUGACAAGCUUACAAGUAGUAAGAAUGAUACUACAUUACGUGAUGCUUCUCAGAUUCUUUCCAUCCUUAAGAAGCCAUUGCCGAAAGUGGAGUGUGGCAAGAGGAAGCUACCAGUUGCAAAUGCUCUUUCAGCGAUACCUUCAGACAUCACUAUGAGAGACAUUGAAAGUCAGAAUAAGGCGAAUUUCAAUCUCUCUGGAAAAAUUGCAGAUGUGGCAACUCCAAGUGGCACUGAGGAUGAUGGGCUAUUUCCAGCUUAUGGUCAUUCAACUUCUGUUGAUCAGUAUUCUCGGCAAAUGGAACCAGAAGCUUUGAGAUCGAAAAGAGUUACAGGCUCCGCUGACAAAGUCUGUUUAGGUGCAACAGCCUCCGCCAGCUUAGAAGCACCUCUUGUUUGUUCAAGCAAUGAUGAAAAUGCUGACCAGAUUUCUAAGGAUAACCAACGAGAAGGGAAAUGGGACGGAGUCGGCUCCUCCGAUGCAUCAGCAGCAACAGAUGCGACAAGCGAGAAUUUUCAGUUUCAAAACUCACCUAAUAAGUGUCUUACUGUGGAUGAUGAUUGUCCUACAUUUGACUUGGGUUUCUGAAGUCUUAAAAGCAAGUGUUUUUUUUAACUAUUUUCACAAGGUUAUGAUGGGGUACCAAACUCGUUACGAUCCGGUUAUCGUCCUUGUUGAUUACUUUUCAGGCAUUUGGUAGUGAAAAGGAGUUUGUGGUCCCUGUUAGUUUGUCAAAAUAUCCGGGAUGUUUAUCACGGGAACAGUAAUAAAUACAUGAGAAUUGAAGUUGAA